AUGGAGAUGGAGAAAUACAAGCCGGUUAUGGCGUUAGUGCUGCUACAGUUUACAUCUGCAGGAGUUGCACUCUUCACCAAAGCUGCUUUCAUGGAAGGACUCAACCCCACUGUCUUCGUAGUUUACCGUCAAGCCAUCGCUACUCUCUUCAUCUGUCCAAUCGCUUUCUUCUCCGCUUGGAGCAGAGCAAACAAACCUUCACUUGGAAUAAGAGGCUUUUGGUGGGUGGCUUUCACAGCUGUUUUUGGUGUGACUGUGAAUCAGAACGCUUAUUUCAAAGGGAUUGACUUAUCUUCUUCAUCCAUGGCUUGUGCUAUGACCAAUCUUAUUCCUGCUGUCACCUUCAUCAUCUCCAUCAUUGUUGGAUUUGAGAGGAUAAAGAGGAAAAGUUUGAAAAGUGCUGCAAAGGUAAUAGGAACAGGUGUCUGUGUAGGAGGAGCCAUGGCAAUGACUUUUCUAAGAGGACCUAAAUUGCUCAACGCCAUGUUGAACCAAGACAACAACAACACUUGGUUACUAGGUUGUUUAUGUCUUCUCGUUAGCACAUUUUCUUGGUCCUCCUGGUUGAUCCUUCAAGUUCCCAUUGCUAAUCAUUGUCAUGAUCACUUAUACACUUCCUCAUGGACUUGUUUCAUGGCUACCAUAGCCUCUUUCUUCAUGGCUCUUGCCUUAGGAAACACCGACUUAACGUCCUGGAAGCUUGAUUCCUCAGUGAAGCUCUCCUGUUGCGUAUACUCUGGACUCCAGCUGGCUGUGUCUUUCUUUCUACAAGCUUGGUGCGUGUCACGGAAAGGACCUCUUUUCUCUGCACUCUUCAACCCUCUUUCUACAGUCAUUGUCACUUUCUUUGGAGCUAUGUACUUAAAAGAGCAGACUUACCUUGGCAGCUUGCUGGGGGCUUUGGCUGUCAUCCUUGGUCUCUACGUUGUUCUCUGGGGUAAAACCGAAGACUAUCAAGAAGAAGCAACAGACCUGAAACUGCAAAAUGAUUACACCACUUCCUCUCAGUCUGACUUUGUUCCCAUUUUGAUUGGUGAUAGGACUUUUAGUAGUUCUGAGCUCUUAGAACCUCUUCUCAUGUAA